GGUGUACAGUACACUCUAUUUAAACUCACCAAUUACAUCUUCAAUUCCAAAGAAUAUAAUCACAUCAACUUUCAAUUCUCCCAAAUGCUAUCAUUCCGUACUUGUGCUUAGCCUAAAAAUCACAAAUUAAUUAUUCACUAGCACCAUGAACCCUCUAGACCCUCAGGAAUUCAGGAGACAAGGCCACAUUAUCAUAGAUUUCCUAGCCGAUUACUAUCAAAACAUCCAAAAUUACCCUGUCCGAAGCCAAGUAGAACCAGGUUAUCUCCGAAAACUUUUGCCCAACUCAGCUCCAGAUCACCCAGAAACUAUAGAAACAAUCCUCCAAGAUGUGGAACACCACAUCAUUCCUGGCCUUACACAUUGGCAAAGUCCGUACUACUUUGCUUACUUCCCAUCUAGUGGGAGCAUUGCUGGGUUUCUAGGUGAAAUGCUUAGCACCGGAUUCAAUGUGGUGGGGUUCAAUUGGAUGUCAUCGCCAGCUGCAACCGAGCUCGAGAGCAUAACCAUGGAUUGGCUUGGCAAAAUGCUAAACCUUCCCGAGUCUUUCCUUUUCUAUGGUGGUGGCGGUGGUGUCCUACAAGGGACAACUUGUGAGGCCAUGUUGUGCAUGCUCACCGCGGCCAGAGAUCAAAUUUUAUCCGGUGAUGAUGCGAGAGAAAAUUUAGGAAAGCUGGUUAUUUAUGAAUCAGAUCAAACCCACUGUGCAUUCAAAAAAGCAGCCAGAAUUGCCGGAAUCAGCCCUAGGAAUUUCCGGUCCAUCCCUACAACAAAAGCUACUCAAUUUGGGCUAUCUCCCGAGACACUCAGGUCCACAAUUGUCUCAGAUAUUGAAGCUGGACUAACACCACUAUUUCUAUGUGUCACUAUUGGGACUACUUCAUCAACUGCAGUUGAUCCAUUGGGACCAUUAUGUGAUGUUGCUAAAGAAUUCGGCAUUUGGGUUCACGUCGACGCUGCUUAUGCCGGAAGUGUGUGUAUCUGCCCGGAGUAUAGGCACCACCUUAAUGGCAUUGAGGGUGCAAACUCAUUUAGCUUUAACGCCCACAAGUGGUUCCUCACUACUUUAGAUUGUUGCUGCCUUUGGGUUAAGGACCCAAGUGCCCUAACCAAUGCUCUCUCAACAAAUCCUGAGUACCUGAGGAACCAAGCCACAGAAUCGAAGCAAGUGGUGGACUAUAAAGACUGGCAAAUAACAUUGAGCCGGCGGUUCCGAGCAUUGAAGCUUUGGCUUGUUCUAAGAAGCUAUGGCAUAGAAAAACUCAGAAACUUUCUAAGAGACCAUUUAGAAAUGGCCAAGCAUUUUGAAGCGCUUGUUGGGAUGGACAACAGGUUUGAGAUUGUGGUGCCUAGAAAUUUUGCUGUGGUGUGUUUUAGGGUUUCACCAUCAGCAAUAUUGGGUAAGCUGAACCACAAUGACGAUGAAGUGAACGGUUUCAAUUCAGAGUUAUUGGAGUCCAUCAAUAAGACUGGUCGGAUCUACAUGACUCAUGCAGUUGUAGGAGGAGUCUUUGUGAUUAGGUUUGCAGUUGGUGCAACCCUUACCAAAAAGCAACACGUGGAUACAACUUGGAAGUUGGUGCAGGAACAUGCAAAUGCCAUGCAUGAUAAGUACGUCCUAGAUCAUGGAUCCUCUGCUGCAGUGAACAGCGAGUAUCAUUCACACUGUAUUGCAUUGAACGGUGAAUAAUCCUAGCGGAUCCUACUAUUACAGCACCAUACUGUAACAACGUACAGAGGAUUCCACCUCGUACUUCCUAGGGAUUUCAAAAAUAAGAUUGCAUGCAUGCAGGUUAUAAUGUUACAAUGAAGAAGUGUUUUUUUGUUUGUGUGUGUAUGUGUGAGAUUGUGAGUCGAUUAUGUUAUUGAGAAAAAUAAUGAUUUUUCAUCUUUAGAAAAAAUAAUAGUAAUAUGGGUUGCAUACAUUCAUGUUUCAAGUUCAAUUCCCUUUAGGUGCGAGCAAUAUUUUGGGGCCACGAUCGCGGAUAUAGUCUGAAUUUUAUCCGAUCCGUGUGAGAGGUUGCCUUAUACGA